GAUUUUGCUUUUAUUGAUGGCUAUUGGAGUUGUAUGCAUUUUCUCAGGAGAAGUUUUAUCCUGAUCCGAGAAGCAGUUCAAUUGCAUAAUGAGUGGGUGGGAUGAAUUGGAAAUUAAUUGUACAACUUAAACUAGUACUUUUCAGAUCCUGCAAUGCAAAAUCUGGAUGUUAAUAACUGGAGAAAAUGUCAAAAAUGGUCCCUUAUGUUCGAGGGUAGGUUCAAAAUUGUCCCUUUAAGUAUGCACUGAGCAGUUUUGGUCCUCUAUUUGCCAAAAAGUAACACUUACAUUCUCUGUCAAAUUUUUGCAGUUUCUGCUUUUUUGAUUUAUUUCUAGAGUGGUGCAACUUUUUGAGGUGUAAUUUCUGCUAUUUUUACAUCUUUUUAGUGUCUAUUGCAGUUUUUUGUGUUGCAUAUUUUAGGAUUUGAUGGGACUUUCUUGGUGUUUAUGGUUAAAUCUUUUUUUCUCCAUUGUUUCCGUCAAAUCUUUAAAAAAGCAAGCUUGGUGCACAAAGCAUCUCGCGUUAGCAGAGUCCGGGGAAGGGCCGCACCCCAAGGGGUGUGAUGUAGACAGUCUACCCUAAUGCUUAGCUGCAAAUUUGACAGACACUAAAGAUGUUAACUUUUGGUGAACUUAAAGGACUAAAAAUGUCCAGUGCAUACCUAAGGGACUAAAUUGUACCUACCAUCAAACAUAAGAUGCUAUUUUUGUCAUUUGCUCUUAAGAACCGCUUCAAAUUACUCCUCUACCCUACACGGACCAUGAAAUUUAGUGUUUAUUCAAGGGCUGUCUUUCUCUUUUAAAAGGAGAUAUAUAUCAUCUACAUGGUUCAGCCGGACAUACAUAUUUAUUUUUCUUCACACAGCGACACAGACAAACACAAACUUACUAAAUUUGCCUCUUCAACUACCCAACUUUGACAUGUGUGCCAUCAUGCAAUGCCUUAAACUGCAUGUAAUUAUUGCUUCUGCUUCUGUCUGUAGAGCAUGGUGAAGGUCUUCAAAUUCUCCACUAUGAAGUCGGGCAAAAGUAUGAGCCACACUAUGAUUACUUUGCCGAUGAGUUUAAUACUAUAAAUGGUGGUCAACGCAUUGCUACGGUUUUGAUGUACUUAUCAGAUGUUGAAGAAGGUGGAGAAACUGUAUUUCCUGCUGCCAAGGGAAAUUUUAGUGCGGUUCCUUGGUGGAAUGAGCUAUCUGAAUGUGGAAAAGGUGGACUCUCUGUAAAACCAAAGAUGGGUGAUGCUUUGCUUUUCUGGAGCAUGAAGCCUGAUGCUACUCCUGAUCCUUCAAGCCUGCACGGUGGGUGCCCCGUGAUUAAGGGUAACAAAUGGUCAUCUACGAAAUGGAUGCGUAUUCAUGAAUACAACGUUUAACCUACAGCAAAAGGUCCACUUGUGAGUUUGGAUGCACUAGCUGUUGUACGAUUUGUAUCAAAAGUGGUUAUAAUCAUAUAGUUUGAGAGGAGCGCAGUUUUAUACUCCGAUGGUACUAUUUUCUUCAAACUUUUUCUGUUCUUCUUCCUUUUUUUGUUUUCAUAACAUUGGAGCUUACAGAAUUAGUAUUUGGUAGUUUUCAUUGUAUUUUAUCAUAGUUGUAUUAAAUACAGUCGAUUAAACACUGCACAGAGCUUUAUACAUGAAAUGAGAAUUAUAGCUAUUUAUACAGUA